AUGGGUGGGGGAUCUGGACCUAGUGAUGAAUUUGCCAACAUUUUACCACACUUCAGCCAAGUGGAUUCAUCGGUACCUGUGUCGUCCGGAAAGAAGUCAAGAAGGAAUACUCACGUAGCAUGUGUAAACUGUUCAAAAUGGCACGUCUCCUGUGAAGCUAAGAGACCUUGUCACAGAUGCGUGGUCAAGGGCUUAGGAUCUACUUGUGUAGACGCCCCCAGAAAGAAGAGUAAAUAUUUAGCUGGUAUACCGGAUGCAUCUUUAAUAAGAUCAGUUCACAGAGAUAAUGGAUCUCAAGCAAACAACAGUUCCCCUGAUAAUGCCGGCGUGAGCCAUCAUCAAGAACAGCAAAACUUCCGAGACCCUCAACAUAUUGUUCACAAAUCAAAAUUUUUAUCCAAUGCUGCAGAUUCUGAAUAUUCCAUUUUAUCGCAUAUCAUUAAUCAAGACACGCUGGUGAAUAAGAUUCCAAUAGAUUUACUUUACUCUGGAAAGCCUAAUGAUAAUGAUGCUGAAGCUGCUGCUGCUGUCGCAGCAAAAGAGGCAGCUAACGUCGAUCUGAGUAGUCCCAAGGUGGAUGUAGGCCCGUCCAACACGGCGAUGUCAUCGACAGAUGUAUAUUCAAUGCUUUUAGGACCAAAUUCACGAGAAAUCGUAGCGUCUCGAAUAGAUCUGUUUCAAAACCAUUUCCCUCUGACGCCAGUAGAAUCACAAUACCACUCACUAUCGUUUAAAAGACUUCCCACUCAAGACAGGAGCGGAUCGCCCAAGUUCAAUGCAUCUAUUAAUCAGUACUAUUUGAACAAGGAAAUCUCAAUGCUUCCUGAAGUGAUCAAUGCGGCAAUGAGGCAGCAACGAUCCGUUGGCGAUAAAUCGGUAUCAUUUGCACUUGAGUGUGUUUCGCCAGAUGCAUAUCAGCUAAGCGGUAAUUCAGAAUGGAGACAUUCACUACGCUAUUCGACCUCAAUGGAGAUUUACCAAUUGAUCAAUGAACCAUUUUCACAUACCACAGGAUUUCAUCAUUUAUACACCUAUUUGAGGAAGAGAUUCAACAGGAAGGAUUUAAUUGAGAUGAGCGGAUGCCUUGCAGAAUUUAGGCCAAUCUUUAUCGCGUGUACUGCAUCUUUGACGGAGCAAGAUAUGAUUUUCAUGGAACAGUGUUACCAAAGAACGCUUUUAGAAUAUGCAAAAUUUAUCGCACAGAUUGGCACUCCCACCUGUGUUUGGAGACGUAAUGGUCAAAUAUCUUAUGUUAAUGAAGAAUUCGAAAUUUUAAGCGGUUGGAAUAAAGAGGAAUUGCUCAACAAGAUGACUUUUAUCGUUGAGAUUAUGGAUGAUGAGAGUGUAAGAGACUAUUUUAAAACGUUUGCAAAAGUUGCCUAUAAAGAUUUUAGAGGUUCUGAAAGGAUGAAAACUUGUAACCUUUUGACUCCAACAAGAGGUCAGAUAAUUCCCUGUUGUUGCAUGUGGACCCUAAAGAGAGAUGUAUCUGGAUUACCCCUAAUGAUCUUGGGUAAUUUUAUGCCGAUAAUAGCAUAG